AUGAUUCCCAUCUCGAAUAUCACCCAUCACGGCAUACGAGCCUCGACCGACGAACCUCAACACCACCCCUUAUCCCCACCACGGACCAGCGCUGAGGCAGCUGUCGCAGUCACAAACACCGUAGCGGGGAUUGGAGGUAUCGACCCUGCCGAGGUCGCGAUAAACGCUCUCAAUGAUGGUACGGCCCCUUUCCACCAAGUGUUCUUCGCAUCUCUGUGCUGGGAUAAGACCUCCCGACGACCCCGCGAUAUCGGUGGCAGCUUUGCAAGCCGACGCGGCCAUGCUAACCAACUGUCCAUAUCCGAUUCGAGCCAUCACAUUACCGAGACCAUCGGGACCAUGUACGGCGAUGACGAUGACGACCAGCACAGUGAUUCGCGACCCAUGAGCUUCAUCGCUGCCCCUCGCGGAGGUGAGCAGAUCCCCGACCGUCGUGGACCCGAACCCCCUUCUCCAGAGGAACAUCCACUUCGCCUUGUUCGGUCGACCUCAGACAAGACGAGCAGUCAGGGUCCUCCUCACUCUCCCGGCGGUCCCAACGGAAACCCGCCGACUAAAUCCCAUACACUUCCCUUGCGGAUGCCAAGUCAGAGGAGUACAAGAAAUGAUGGGGGAUCUAGCCCGGUAUCUUCCAUUGGGCCUAUGUCGCCAACGUUGCGUGACAUGCGGGAAGCCUCCGAGUAUCCGUUAACCAAUAUCGACAAUCCAAACGACAUAGCUCAGGAGCUCAGCAACCUGCAGGCCUUGCGUCGCAUGUCCAUGGACGUUUCGAAUAACAGCGAUCCUGACAUUAUUCCCUACCAGGGAAUGUCUCUUGUGGUGAUGCCUUCAGUGGCGCCCAGUGGUGACGACGAAGAGGGAGACCCAUCGAGGUUGCUGUGGGUCCCGGCUGGCGUUCACCCUGAGUUGUCUCCGAGCGAGUUCAAGAAUUUCGUCGAGAAACGGGUGCAGUCCAUGAAGAGACGAUCGGGGGAAUCAACGCUUUCGGUGGACGGUCUAGACAGGAGCAAUUCUGGGAGCUUGAGGAGAAAGAAGUCUAUGCUUUCGAGACAGAUCAACAGUGCUCCAGGCCAGGGGGUUGAAGGAUAUGUGGACGGCGCCGAACGGCUGGAGAGGAAGAGGUCGCAAGGACAAUCCAGACAUGCUCCUUCCGAAUUGACAAUCGACGAACUUGUCAAGGACCCGACCAAAGCGGUCCGGAAGCUUACCCUCGAAUCGCAAGCUAGGGAUGAUACUUCCAACAUGGAUGACAUGCCAAUAUUACCAGCGGCGCCAGGCGUGGGCUUACGCCGUUCGACGCGCACUACAUAUCGGAAGGGUGGGAGCUUGAAGAAUCGACUAGGCGGCAGCGCUUUGAGAUCGGAGGAACGUCUGCCUUUCUCGAAGCGUAUAGCAGCAAGGAAGACUGAAGAAGAGACUGGUGGAUCGACUGUGACUGAAUCACCUAUUGAAGCGCCAAAAGGGUUUGGUUUGUCACGCGUGCAAUCAGAACCAAUUUCAGCGGAGAACUUUUCGCGGCCGACCAGAUCGGUACGGCGACAGCAAACUUUCACACAGGAUCCCAAGACCGACCCCUAUGAAAGCAGUGAACAACAAGAUAUCCAAGAAUCGCAGCAGAGCCAGACCAUGCCUUCGAGACCGCCAGCAUCAGGGCGCAAGCCACCUAACGAACCCGCGAGGUCGUCCAUCCCUGUACCACAGAUUAUCGAAACUCCAGCAAUAGAGAAAGAGCCCGAACCGCAGUCUACCGAUCAUAGAAGACCCUUCCCCGAAAGGUCCUCUUCACAAAAAAAUAUUGUCCAGCCUACAUCUCCUCCGCCUUCGUCAAUACCUGCUGAACCUCCAGCACGCUCCAGUAGACGCCCAAAUUACGGCCAGCCGCUUCAAACUUCAACUCAACCACAAGCUUCAAAUAAAACUUCGCACACCAAAGGAUCUCGAAGUGGCUCAAACCAGACCAUCACAGACAUGAAGCAAAAUCCCACACCCUUGCCAGGUAGCGGUGGUGGUAAUAACAGGACAGACACUUCGAGCUUGACCUUCAUCCCUACGUUCUCCUCUGAGGAAAAGAAACCGGAGAAGAAGAGUAAGAAAGACAAAGGUGACUCUGAUGGCGGAUCUUCCAAAGGUGCAUCGUGGAAAUGGUUCCAGAAGAGCGAUGAUAAGGAGAAGAAGAAGAAGGACGAGGAGAACCGGAAGUCCAAGACGAAGACCUUUGUUGAGAAAGCGCAUGACAAUGUCCGGCUCGACGUUCUUCAGACUUCGAUCGACACAGCACUACAUAAAGGCCGGGAGAGCCUGCUACUGGAUCGGGACAAUGUCGACAGCAAGCUGGAAGAGGAGAGAAGAAAGGAAAGCAGUCGCAAAUCCGGAGAGCAAAAGAAGGAGAAAGAUGGCCUGUUCGCGUCUUUCUUUAGCAGCAGCAAGAAGAAGGGCGACAGAGACUCGGGCGGCAGGAAAUCUCAGAUCCAACGGCCUGUCUCACCAAAACCUGCUCCAUACCAGGCGCUACGACCCGAUGUCGAUUACCAUUGGACAAGGUUCCCCAUCCUCGAAGAAAGGGCCAUUUACCGGAUGGCCCAUAUCAAACUUGCCAAUCCACGCCGCGCCUUAUACAGUCAAGUUCUACUCAGCAACUUCAUGUACGCCUACCUCGCCAAAGUCCAGGCGAUGCACCCCCAGAUACAGGUCCCACAAUCACCCCAGCAGAAGAGGCUCCAAGAGGAAGAGCGAAGGCGGCGGGAACAGGAGCAGCAGUACAUGGAGCAGCAGCAAUCUCAGGAUAGUAUUGACCGCUACAAUUUUGAAUACCAUCGAUCAACCGGUCAAUACGAAGACCCUAGUAUGCAGCACGAAGCGGGAGACUAUCCAGAAGCUGCCGAGAUAUAUGACUAUGAUCAUAAUAAGGACCAGAUGGACCAGGACGGCGGGUAUCAGGAAGCGGACGACUACGGCAACCAUGAUGGUGGUAAGGACUACUACUAUGGCCACCAGGACGGGCGCCGCGGUCAGGAAGAAGAGGAAGAGAUGUGGUGA